CGAAACCCACGGCAAUUUUGGACGCAGCAACCAUUUCUCGCAGCGGCAGUAGAAGCUGAAGCACCAGACAGAAAGAAUGAGCACGCACAGAACUGCUUGCCGGAGUUUGAGAGGCCGACGUCAAAACCACCCCUGACCCAAAACCAUCCCGACCCAAAACCGGUCCGCGUGCUGCAAGCGGGCUUACCUGGCUUCCCGCUCCCUUCACCCAGCCCACCUCCUCAUUGCCCACCCAAGCAUCUUUGCUCCCCGUGCACUUCAGCAGCCUCGGCCCCAGCCUACGCGCGUACCUGAGCCGUCAUGUCAACCACACGGCGAACACAGGUCGCCGCGUCGCGUGCGGCGGCGCUGGCGGCGGCAGUCGUGGCGGUGCUGAUGUUGGCACUGCCGCAGCAGUGGGGCGGCGGCGGCGGGCGGGUGUCGCUGCUGCCUGCGGCAGACGCAAAGACCCUGGAGCGUGACGUGUUCGCGCUCAUCGCGCUGUACCAGGAGGUGAAGGACCGCUCGCCGGAGUGGAACAAGCAGAUGGCGGCGUGGCCCAUACACACAUGCAGCCUCAACGGCACGUGCGGCGUGGACCCAUGCGGCCUGGAUUGGGAGGGUCAGUGGCCCCACAUCUCCUGUCGCUACCAGUGGGACUGGGACCGCAGCCUGCCGCGUGUGGUCACAAACUUCCACAUGCCCGACAUGGCGCUGAACGGCCCACUGCCCAGGGCUUUGGCGCUGUUUGAGAAUAUCACGGAGCUCGACAUGGACACCAACCAGCUGACGGGCCCGCUGCCGGCGGAGUGGGCCUGCCUGGACAACCUCAUUGAGAUCGACUUCUCCAAGAACCGCCUGAGCGGCACCAUCCCGCCCGAGUGGGGCGUGCUGGAGCGGCUGACAGAGUUGGAGCUGGAUGGCAACUCGGGAUUGAGUGGCUGUAUCCCUGAAGGCGCCCCGCCGCUGGAGCGGCUGUGUGGCGGCCUGCUGUCGUCCCUGCCCUGCCCGGGCUUCACCACAGACCGAAUGAUCGGUACCGCCACGUCAGGCACCCGCAUCAGAGGCCGCUGUGCGCCGUACCCUGGCGGCAAGGCCGCCCUGACCGCCGGGCUCCGCUGCCCCCGCCUCACCGACUUCCGCGACUCCAUCCUCGCGUUCUUCGGCCGCAAGGCGGACGCCAGCUCCCCUGCGUCAGGCCCGAUUGCAAUGGCGUCGGAGCAGGUGGGCCCGGCGGGCGUGAAGCUAGAGUACAUCGCGGACUCGCGCACGCCGCAGCGAUCGUUCCUGGGGGGCCUGUUUGGAGGCGGCGGCGGCGGUGGCGGCUCCUCUUCCAGCACCACCCGGAAGUAGUGCAGAGAUUGGAAGAGCCGCACAUGGCCGCUGAUGAGCCUGUGACGGCGCCGCUGCAAAAAGCGUGCGAGAGCUCGGAUCAUACUCGCACCAGCCCGGUCAGAAGUCAGCGCAACCCGUACCUAAUGUGUCAUUCCUUUACAUGGAUUAUUUUGAUGUCUGACGUGUUAUACGUGCAUGUUACAUGUAAGAGUGCAUUGGUGGAUGACGCAUGCAUGCAGAGAGGUGCAGGGGAAAGUGCGUGCGUGUGUGCCUUUCCGCAAUCAGGUGGCCUCAGCCCCUCGCAACAGUGCCUAAGAUUGCUUCUGACCAAAUGAACAGAUAGUGACAUAGUUGGGCAGGUGAAGGCCAGAGGGCCCCAGGUAUUCAGGGAAGGCCGGGGAAAAGGUUUAUGGCCGCCUGCCUUGUAAAGCACCGUACCUGCGUGGGCUGGACCUGCUUGGGUACGUGACUGCCAGUGAGCGCUAGCUUUCGAACGGAGUUGUACGGUAUCCGCGGGUAGCGCUUGAGCUUCGCAAGAAGAGCAACGAAACAUUCAUCCCUGCAAGUGUCGGGAAAUUGGUGCUGACGCAUGUCUUUUGCCAGGUCCUCGCCAAUGACAGGUGUCUGACGUAAAACCCGGUCCUUCACAAUCAGGCAUUGGAAGCAACCGUGUCCCGCAGGCAUGUCGAAGGUUCUCGCUCGAAGGGGCCCAUCGCAAAUUCGCAGGGGAUGGCAACGGCGACGCCGCACGCAUGGCGCAGGGACGGUGAGCACGCUUUAAAGGUGAAAUUUUUGAGUUCCACACAUACACAUACAUAGCCGAUAUGCAGCGCAGGGCCCAAUCGGCAUGUAGGGAGUAGGGCGUGGAGGAAGGGAGCCAAGCUGCCAAGGACAGAGGCGGAAGGGGAGGCUUGAGGGAGCGAGGGAGGUGGCAAGGGAGGUGGCAAAGGGGUGGCGUGCGGGGGAGCCUGGCUCGUAGCUCACAGGGCCUCAAUAUAUUACCAUGUAAUGCUUGUACCUUGUAAAGUUAACGGAUA